AUUAGCCACACGUCUUGUUUCCCACCAUGAUCUCUCCUGUCCGCCGUCAGUUGCUGGUUGGAGCAAGAGCUUCACGCUCUGCGCUGGUUCGCCGAUACGCCACUGAACCGCACCCCCAAUAUAAUGGCUACCCCGAACUGCCCGAUGUCUCCGCUCAAUACCGGCCACCUCUGGGAUGGCAAGACCGGCUUUUGCGUCGUAACUUCGGCGACACGGUGCGGAACAGGAGCUCUUGGCUGCCCCUGGUUCUGCUCUUACUUCUGCCCAGAUUCACCACUAUGAGGAAGUGAACUCUAUGUGGGGCCCCGAUAUCCCUGUCAUCCCUCCUCAGCAAGCUCUGCGGCAAUUCGCCAUCGCUGUUGGAUGUUUUGUGGGAGGAGGUCUCUUCCUCCGUGCUUAUCUUGUGCCGGAAAGUCCCGUGGUUCCGAGAGAAUACCCGUACAACGGCCUGGCUGUAGAACUUGGUGGUGGUCGUAAGGCCAACCCUGAAACGUCAGAAGAAUCAUGAACGGAAUAUAUCCAGUCUCGCUAUUUUCAAUCAUUAUUCCGCCUACAGGCUAGCGGGGCCAUGUUUCAGACCUUCUUUCGCGGCAAAACGGACCCACAAGGAACAACAAGGGGGGCGGCUGCCUCGCCUGGAAAUGGUUUACCGAUCCUCAUGUUGUCCAUCAGACUGUGAAUUCUACGCGUAGAAUCUAUGAAUGAGCUGCUCGCUACACCGAGACAUGUGUGCGUAUGGAUAUGCUUUAUCGGAAGUACAUAUGUGCAAACGAUAGACUGACAUCAUUCGUCCUGCCUGUGUACCGAGCACUUGAGCCUGCACGAAUUGAAUAGUCGAGCCCGUGGCUUUCAGGGGUUCGAUAGUUGAUAAUGACAUGUCAACGACUCGAUUGCUAUUUCUUACUAUGACCGUUGACCACUGCCUACAUGAACAACAUGGACACUGGGGCGACUCCCCUGGCAUAUAACCAUGGCGCUCGGCAUUACUCUCGACUGCCUCAAAGACCUAAAAUGCACCACAGGUUUCUUCCAAAUAUAGACACCCGUGACAGCGAAUUGAUCAUCCGUGCUGAGGCUUGUCGUUCAUCUCACCUUCCACUUACUUUCUCCAUGUUAUGGUCGCAUCCACCUUACUUGCUCUCGGGCUACUGAUACCUGUGAUAUCUGCGCAAAACAACAGGAACUCUAACAGUGUGUUGUACAAUGGAAAAGGACAGUCACCCUGUGAGAUGAAGAGCCUAUUCGAGAACACCUGCCAUACAUCACGCCGAGCAAGAGCCCUUGUCUCUACGAACCGUUUACGAUCUUCCCCUACGCCCUGUAUCUGUACCAAUGUGUAUUUCAAUCUCUGGAGUGCCUGCGCGUAUACGCAGAACUCCUCGCUCCCCUCCUGCUCAACAUGGAAAGAAGGGUGUCACCAGGCCUCGGUCGCAAUUACUACGGAGAAUGUAACGCACAACACCGCCUUUCCGUCGUGGGCCUUCAUGCCACUUCCUUCCAACAAUGACACGUUCGAUCUUGUUGGCGCGGUCGAAGCAGCAGAAGGCUAUUCACAUCGCUGGACUUCGGUCCAGAUCAUCGCUCCUGUCGUAGUUGGAGUGGUCGUUGCCCUCUCGCUGAGCGUGGGCUUCUACUUUUUUCUGCGCCACAAGCGAAGGCCACAUACCCGUCCAUGGAUGCAGACGACCGGCAAUCGACCGCGAUUCCACUUUCCCACGCUCUCAAGCGUGAAGAAAGUCCGAGCUGAGAACCGCAGCAGUACGUGGAGCAUCGACGAGCCCCCGGAAGACUGGAACCAGUACGAAUUCGUCUCCUACCCACCGUCUCUGCAAGGAUCUCAUGGCGGUCAUGUGCGAUUAUCCUCGAGUCCGACGGAUCCGCCGCGUUUGAAGAUUCCAGGAUCAGGACCUGUGUACGCCCUGCCUGGGAAAUCGGUGUGGAAGGCUCCCUUCCAGAAUGCGCAGCGGUGGUCGCGCUCUAUUCCGUUUCCAUGGCGGACUCCGCGCGUGAAGAACGUCCCGUCGUACAAGAGGUUCCGUGUCGACGACGCCGACUCUGAUUCGCCGUUACCCGAGCGCACUCCAGUGACGAGUGUUUCGAACUACGGGCGCAGCAAUCUUCGACAUGCAAGCAAUUUCGACCACGACAACGAUGGCGACAGUGACACUGAGGCUCUGCCUUUGAUGGCAGCUCCAGUCGAUCCGGUACCAGACAUACCGCCACCUACAGCUCUGCCCAAUAUACCACUGCCACCGAGGCCUGUCCGAACCCCACUGCAAUCGCCGGCGCCCAUCGUUCCGCCAGCGCCAAGAGUGGCGCCGCCUGUGCCUCCACUCGAGACACGACAGCGAGCUCGCGAUCCAGCUCGUCGCAGCAUCAGUCGAGAUUCAGUGCGGACAUUGCCCCCCACACCCACGCCGCCGUACCACUCGCGAAACGGCAGCUCGGCGUCGGGACCCCCGAAUUACGCGCCGCCCAUUGCCAACGAACCGUCGGGGGACCGCACAAGGUCCGUUCGACGAUUGCCGUUGCUACCAUCGUAAUGUAUCUGUAAUUAUACGCGGACAUCAUCUACGUUCUUGUGAUUCGCAAUGAAUGUGAGCCAUUCAUCGAAGUCAAGGACGUUCGCCAU